CUCCCUAAGACGUCCUCUCAGGCGUAGUCCGACUGGUGCGGGACAGACAAGUCCGGAGGCUCAAGGAGCUGGCUUUCGGAGGUUCAGAGGUUGCAGAGCUGAGCCAUGGGGAAGAAACGCGACGCCAUCCUGGAGGCAUUGGAGAACCUGACCACGGAUGAGCUCAAGAAGUUCAAGCUGAAAGUGGGGGCGGUGCAGCUGCGCGAGGGCUGUCGGAACAUCCCGCGGGGGGCGCUCCUGCCGCUCGACUCAGUGGACCUCACCGACAAGCUGGUGGCCUUCUACCGUGAGGACUACGCAGCAGAACUCACCGCAGCCGUGCUGCUGGACAUGGGCAUGCAGGAAGAGGCGACGAGACUUAAGGGGGUUGCAUGAGUCUCCAGCACCAAGGAUUCAUUCAUUCUAUAAAAGAUGGGCGAGUUUGGGAGUUCUGGAGUCAUCAGCAGAGGAGACUGGGGGCUAAGAAGAGGAGCAACAAAAUGCUGAUGAAGCACCCACCCCCACCCCGGCCCACGCAUACACAACAGUAGGGGAAGACAAUGACUUCUCCUCAGCAGGUCUCCUCAGCAGAGAUCAAUCUAGGAAUCCGCCCUUGCCUCCAGACUCCGCUUCCCCCAAACCUGCACCUGUCGUAUAUAACCCAAUAAAUACUUCAAGACA